AUGUCUUAUUCGCCUGCUUCCACCUCCAGCGCAGCCUCUACCAGCUCGAGGAUACACCCAGCCUCGCUCGUCGAUGUCUCCCACCACUCACCGAGCGUCUUGGAGCUCGUCGAGACCAAGGUCUCCAGACAGGUCAUCGAUUACCUCGUCGAGCAGACCGCCGAGACUGUCGACUUCGCAUUGGGCCGCCCCCACGAGCGGGGCCGCUCCUUGACGAAGCAGUACCAGUCCUUCACGUCCUUCGUCAACACGGUCAUCACCCGUGCCGAAGUGACCAUGCCCACGAUCCUCGCGACCCUCGUCUACAUCGAUCGUGCACGGCCCCAUAUCUCCAUCGCCCUGGAAGAGUGGGCGCAUGAGCGUGUCUUCCUUGGUGCUCUCAUGGUGGCGAGCAAGUACCUCAAUGAUUCCACUCUCAAGAACGUGCACUGGUCUAUCUGCACUGGGGUCUUCGGCAAGCGCGACGUCGGCCGCGUCGAGCGUGAAUACCUCGACGUCCUCGACUUCCAACUGGGAAUCUCCGACCAGGACCUCAUGGCCCACUACGAGGGUCUCUCCGCGGUCGUCCUCCCACCCAAGUCCCCCUAUUACCCCUACCCGUGCCGCGACGUCAUCCCGGCCGCGCACCAUGCUGCGCCGGAAGACUUCGCCUACCCCUACGACAUGCCCGAGCUCGACAUGUCCUCCUCCCCCGACUCGUCCUCCUCCAUGCGGUCCAUGUCGCCGCUCACACCGCCUUCGCCGGUGCCCCAGACACGCCCCCGCACCCAUCACCGCUACGGCCAGCCGACGAAAGCGGCGCCGGUCGUGCGACAAACCACCCUGGAUCUGCUGCGGUCCUUCCCGGUCCCCUCGAAUACGCGCUCGCGCCCGCUGCGCACGGCAGUGCCCCCACGUCGCGCCGCGCGCAUACACGCCUAA